AUGGCGGAUACAAGUAAUUCGCCACACACAGCUCAACGAGAUUCUCACGAUGAGGAUCGAUCGACGAAUCCCCAGCGUACGACGUUGAGACAGCAGGUCGAGAGGCAUAUCACUGCCGCGUCAGAAAAACAAGUCGAAGAAGAGAAGACAGGCUCCUCGCGGCAAUCAUCCUCAUCAGACGACAGCGAUAGCAAUUCAGACCACAGCGCAAGCGUCCUCCAUGGCGUAAGGAGCUCAAGGUCGAGAUCCUUAUCGAGGACGGUAUCCGAAGUCAGAGAUGGUAUCGAGAACAGAAGAGACCUGGAACGCGGUGAAGAGUUGGAUCUUGAGAAGACUCAGACGACGAGGACUGCAAGAGACCCAAACCUGGUGACAUGGGAUGGCCCGAACGAUCCUGGAAAUCCAAAGCAAUGGUCCAUGAAGAGGAAAUGGGCGGCAGUCUUCUGCAUAUCAUGUUUCACCCUGCUCUCGCCGGUCUCCUCGUCCAUGGUCGCGCCCGCUCUGGAGGCUAUCGGGACCGACCUCAACAUCACAAGCUCCUUCGAGAAGGCCCUGGCCCUCUCCAUCUUCGUUCUCGCCUACGCCGUAGGACCCCUGGCCUGGGGCCCUCUGUCGGAGCUCUACGGCCGAGUCAUCGUCCUCCAGCUCACGAAUAUCUUUUACAUGUUCUUCAACCUCGGGUGUGGUCUCGCUCGCACAAAGAGCCAGAUGAUUGCCUUCCGCUUCCUUGCAGGCCUCGGCGGCUCGGCGCCCUUGGCCAUCGGUGGCGGCGUCCUUGGUGACUUGUUCGAGGCUGAGCAGCGCGGCAAGGCGAUCAGUAUCUACUCCCUCAUGCCCCUGCUGGGUCCGGCAAUCGGCCCCAUCGCCGGCGGCUUCAUCACCCAGAACACGACAUGGCGCUGGAUCUUUUACAGCACCACCAUCCUGACGGCCGUCAUCCAGUCCAUCGGUUUCUUCGUCCUGCAAGAGACGUUUGCGCCAGUGCUCCUCACGCGGAGGAAGAAGCGCCUCAUCAAGGAGACGGGCAACACCGCGCUGCACACCGCCUUCGACCACCCGGACCGUACGAUCGCGCGCACCCUCAGCAUCGCCUUCACACGCCCCUUCCGCCUUCUUGGCACGCAACCCCUGGUCCAGUGCCUCGCCCUCUACAUGAUGUACCUCUACGGGCUGAUGUACCUGGUGCUCUCGACCUUCCCGGCCCUCUGGACGGGAGAGUACGGCGAAUCCGUCGGCAUCAGCGGCCUGAACUACAUCUCCCUCGGUCUCGGCUUCUUCAUCGGAGCACAGGCGUGCGCCCCGCUGCAGGAUCGCAUCUACGCCGCCCUCAAGCGCCGCUACGUCCCCGACGGAGGGCCGGGACGCCCCGAGUUCCGCGUACCGAUGAUGGUCCCCGGCGCAAUCCUCGUGCCGAUGGGCCUCGUGAUUUACGGCUGGACGUCGCAGUACCACACGCACUGGAUUUGGCCCAACAUUGGCGCGGUACUGUUCAGUGCCGGAGUGAUUAUCGGGUUCCAGUGUAUCCAGGGAUUCCUGGUUGACACGUACACGCGGUAUGCCGCCAGCGCUGUCGCGGCGGCGACGGUGCUGAGAAGUUUGGCUGGGUUCGGGUUCCCGUUGUUCGCGCCGAGUUUGUAUCAGAAGUUGGAGUAUGGCUGGGGCAAUACGUUGCUUGCUCUGUUGGGUGUCGCGAUUGGAUGGCCUGGACCUUUGUUGCUUUGGAAGUUUGGGCCGAGGUUGAGGAAGAAGAGUCAGUAUGCUGCUGGCUGA